AUGGAACCAACAUCACCAUGGAAAACGCCAAACGAAGUAAUGCAACUUCACAAAUUGAAAAGAAGAAAAAAAGCGUUGCAGGAUCGCAUGAAACAACCAUUGUGUUCAACAAGCAAUGAAACCAGUGCCCCAAAGAUAGUAGACUUAGAUUUUUCAAGAAUCCUUAAUGGUGAUAAGAGAAAAAAUCCAUUUUCAAAAGACAAUGCAGAACAAAAUAAGAAACUCAAAUUGGCAUCAGAUGUGCAAUUAGACGAAUCAAAUGACAAAACUUUGUUUGCCCUUCUGAAGUUGCCUGCCAAAGUAGUUGAGAAGCCACCUACAGAAGUAAACACAGAGAAACUUUCAACAUUCUCCAAUCUUUUACAGAAAUUUACUGCUGACCACUCAGUAGAAACAAAACCUGUUGAAGCAAAAUACAAACAUCUAACAAUAGAUUGGGCCCUAAAGACUAAGUUAAGAUUAAUGUCAACAAAACCAUUUGCAUGGACAUCAAAGCUAAAAGCUAGUGAAGAAGCAUCAGGUAUCACUGGGUUCGUCCGCUGCCUGGAUACUACGUCCUCGCCGACGCUGGACACGUCUCCACGGGCGCGGUUCCACCAGACGUGCCUGUACUGGCAACACCCGCAGCUGCCCUGGCUGCAGUUGUUCCCGCGAUCGUCAGGCCGCGUUGCUGCCACUAGUUUCAUUGCCACCAACCCGGAACUCAAGGACGCACUGCAUAGGGAGUGGACGGAGAGCUUUCGCUCAUUGUUUCAGCUGUUGCGUGCCCUACACUGCCCGUAUUUCUACGUGUGCGCGAACACGUUCACGUGUUUAUUUCGCGCGGCUGGACUCUGCGGUAUAUCAGAACCCUGCGCUCUUAUCUCGCCCACUACACGUGGAUUUCGACAAACUCUCCGACAGGAAGAUAUCGAAUUUACAAUGCCACUUCGACCGGAUCACAAGAAAAGGUUAAAUAAUUCGGAGGAAGAGCGUCCCAAGAGUUCAUCAUUUGACAGCUGCUAUGACACAAUGGAUGACUCCAAGCCCAUGCAAAAUGCCCAGGAGAAGGACCAAGACUCAGCAGACGAAGAAGAUCCAGACCAGUUUCUUUCACAACUUGGCUUAGAGACCGAAGAUCUUAGAAAGAUCAACAAUGCACAGGCGCGCGCGAGCGCGGCGGCGGAGAGCAGCGUGGACAGCGCGGCGCAGUCGCUGGUGCUGGUGCGCGGCGCGGAGGCGCAGGCGCUCUUCAACUUCCUGCUCAACUGCAAGUCCAUCGUCAGCGACACCGGCCCCUUCGCCGGCGUCCCGCCCACGCUGCUCUCGCCCACUGCCUUCCACGGAGGCACGCUUCAGUCGUUGAAGUUCCGUGAGAACAGUGUGCACGUGGAGGGCAAGAAGUACUACUCGAUGGAGCUGCGCGGACCGGUGCUGCCGACGGCGGUGCCGGCGCUGUUCGCGCUGCUGCGGCGCAGCGCGCGCGCGCACUACAGCGCCACGUUCGCGCACCUGCAGCCCACGCUCGCCUUCUCCUGGGCCGCGCACGCUAUCGCGAGAGACGAGUCCUCGAAAGAAAAUGAACCUAAUCAGUUUACCAAAGCUUUCAACAAAGAAAAUUUGUCUGAUUGUGGAAUCAGUGAAGACUUGCUACAACUAUUUUGUUCACCAGACCCCAGCAUGGUGAAGUCAUUGGACAGUGUGAAGUACAACACAGAGGAUGAUACAUAUACAUGGUGA